GUAUAAUCUUUAUUCAAACGAUAUAUUGUCUCAAUCCCUUACUGAACAAGAAUAUAAUUCUUAUGUGUGGACACCUCUAUUAUGCAAUGCCUUUAUGGCUAAAAGUGAUAUUCGAAUUUCUAGUGGUGAGGUUUCAUCUAUAGCGUAUGAAAAAUUAAAGAAGCUCGCACAAGUUCAAACAAAUAGUGGUCCAAAAAUAGACUCAAGAGCAACUAUUAUGUCAAUUAGCCAAGAAGUAUUAAUCCAAGAAAAUGGAAGAUAUGAUACAGCUAGUAAAAGAAAAAGCGAUUUAUCAAAACUAGAAUAUUGCGCAAAGGUGUUACUCACCAGUGCAUACCUUGCUUUGCCAACUGUUGCCCGUCCAGACAUUUAUAAAUUCGAAGUAUAUGCUAUUCAAACGAAUGAACUUUCGUUAUCACUAUUUGUAGCAUCAUAUAUGUAUGAAAAUACAAUAUGCAUGCUUGGCCUAACAGAUAUUAUAAUUCCACGAACUGUUGAUGCUUUUCCAAAAUGCAUUGAAGCAGUUUAUAAAGUAUUAUCAUGGAAGGCACGAUCCCGAAAUAAUACCAAAAUUUUUCAUGAAUUAAUUGAAAAAUCGACUUCUCAAUUACAUGAAAAAAAAUAUUUCACUCCGAAAAAGCUUGCAAAUAAAUCAAAAUCGUAA